GUUGCCGCCACAUUUAAACCGAUAAUAAACACUGAAGAAGAAGAGCAGCGCCUCACAGUUACGUAAUGACGCACAGCCGGAAGUGGCUCGUUGUUGUGGCGUGCGAGCGUGUUUCUGCUGCUCGUGACAGAACGUAACCGUUUAACCGGAAUAUAGCGACCGGUACUGGAUAGUAAGAGCGAGCGUUGGACCGGAAGGUGAGCGCUCGGACCUGGACUCCUGUUGUCCUGUAAUCGGUCUUGCUAAUGGUCACUAGUUAUCUGGCUAGUUAGGUGUUACCAUGCUAGGUGGAGGAGAAACUGAUCAAAACACGGUCGGAGGUCAUGUUUCCCCACAAUGAGCGCUGUCCGCAAACGCCUCAAACUCAGCCCAUUCAAACCCCAAACCCUGAACUCCUCCCCCGCCCGGAGCUUCAGACCGCCAUGCUCCAGUCCUCAGCUCAGCUCCCAUGAUGCUUUGCUCCCUCCUCUGGCUCCUGCAGGGGGCAGAGCUCAGGAGGAGGAGGAGGAGGAAGAGGAGGAGGAGGAGGAGGAGGAGGAGUACCUGCUGGUGGAGGAAGACAUGACCGACUCCAGCCUCAUCAUCACCAUGGAGGACAGGCAGGUGAAGGUGAAGGCGACGAGGAGGAGAGCGGCGAGGAAGAGGAAGUCGGCGGUGGAGGAAGAUGAGAGGGUUGGGGCCUCAGAGAGCGAGGAGAUUGACAGGCAGCUGGACCAAUCACUGGAGACCAAGUCCAAACAGCACAACCUUACCACCGUGAACGUGAGAAACAUCAUCCACGAAGUGAUCACCAACGAACACGUUGUGGCCAUGAUGAAAGCUGCCAUCAAUGAGACGGAGGCCGUCCCUGCCUUUGAGCCCAAAAUGACUCGAUCCAAGUUCAAAGAGGUCGUGGAGAAAGGAGUGGUGAUUCCAGCUUGGAACAUUUCUCCCAUCAAGAAGACGAGGGAUGUCAACAAGGCUCCUCAGUUUGUGGACAUCCCUCUGGCUGAGGAAGACUCCUCUGAUGAGGAGUACCAUCCUGAUGAGGAAGACGAGGACGAGACAGCUGAAGAUACAUUCCAGGAGAGCGACAUGGAGAGCUCAGUUUCGUCUCCCAGAGGGAGUCGACUGAACAAAGUGGAGGAGGACAGCUGCAGCCCCUGGCAGACUUCUCGGAGCUGCUCCAGGCAUUUAAGGGCAGCGUCUGUCUCAAUGGGACCUCCCCCUCCUCCCAAAGCCCCUCCUUCCAAAGCCGUGCCUGACUGCACCUUCCUGGAGAAACUUCAUGCUGUGGAGGAGGAGCUGGCCGUGUGUAUAGAGCCCUACCAGCCUUUACCUGAGUCGGAGGAUGCGGUGGGUCUGAUGGCGUACCGGACUCGGUCCAAGCGUCCUCUACGCGAUGUCCCACUUGGACGGCUGGAGGCGGAGCUCCGAGCUCCCGACAUCACGCCUGACAUGUACAACUUCAGUUCCGCCCACGAGGACAGGGACUGGACUGAUUGGCUGAGAGGCUUGAUGACCUCAGACAUGGAGAACGAAGAAGAGUGUGACGAUGAAGAUGAUCCGGAGUACAACUUUCUGGCCGACACCGAUGAACCCGAUGUGGAGGAUUACCGUGACGACAAGGCCGUCCGCAUCACCAAGAAGGAGGUGAAUGAGCUGAUGGAGGAGCUGUUUGAAACGUUGAAAGAAGACCUCGCGGCGGGACAGGAAGUGGAAGAUGAAGGCCACGAAGAAGAGGAGGAGCCACAGGAAGAUUCUGUUCGGACACACACACCUCAGGAGCAGCUCAAGUCAGGCCCAGGAGACGAGGAGGAGGAGGAGCCAAUCACGGAGCUGCGUACGGUGAAGCAGCAGAUGGCGUUCAUCAGGAAGAGACGGCAGCUCGGUCUGCCGACACACACGCCGUCCAGCACGCAGCCAGCCGGUCCAGAGCCGGACGCACUGACGCUGAGCGGGCAGCAGAGGAGCCGCCUGCAGCAGCAGCUCCAGCAGCACAUCCAGCUGCUGACUCAGAUCCACCUGCUGAGUUCACCUGUGGUCAAACUGCAGAGUGAAGCUGAGACCAGCAGACAGUUCCUGGUGGAGCUGCAGCUCCUGGCCCAGAGAGCAGAGCUGCUGAUGUCUUCAGGUCCUGGUUUCUGCAGCGUCUUCAGAGCCUCCAACCUACAGGGGGCGCUGCAGCUGCUGGAGGACCUGAUGCAGACCCCCAUCACCUACCAGCAGCAGGCCCACCCUCCAGACUCCAGAGGACACAUGCGGUGUUUCCCCGUCCUCCCGGCUGAACUCUCCUGGCUCUUCGCCACCCGUCCGGUCUUCCUCUACCCAGAACUGCUGCCCUCUGCCAGCCUGGACCCGGACCUGUACUGCCCCCGCAGGACGGCUGCCUUCACUGCAGCGGAGGACUGCCUCCUGGUUCUUGGCCUCAGGAACAUGGAGGGGUCAUGUGACCCGACAAAGCUGGUGUCUCAGUUCCUGCUGAGGAAGACUCUGGUCCAGGUCCGCCGGAGAAUCCUGCAGUGCUGCAGACCCGGUUCACUUGACAACAUCGUCAAGGCCUUCAGGUACCAGCGGGUGAUGUGGCCGAUGCUGGUGUCAUGCCGGCAGGUGGCCCCGGCGGAGCAGCGCCCCCCAGUGGAGCGAGAGGAGGAGGCCAUGCCCCUGUGGCUGCUUAGGAGCCUUCCUACCAUCUACACCACCAUCAAAGACUAUAACAGCCCGUCUGGUUUCGUCUCCAAGGCCCCGCCCCCCUUUCAAACUCACCUGACCCUUCUGCGCUCCUCCUCAGACACCUACAGCUUCCCCCCCGGGACCAGGUACCCCCCACGCCUCCCCAAACACCUCGACUUCAGACGCAUUGGUUUUGUGGUGCAGCAGCCCCUCUCCCGGGCUCCCCCUGACUCCUCCCUGGUCCGUGACAGACAGUUAGGUUCCUCACCUCCCAGAGUCCUCCUCCGCCGCCUCCUCCUGAGCAGGACCGACACCCCUGCUGACAUCAUCCCAGCCGUCUCCAUGACGAUCAGAGAGCGAAUCAGACGCCACCAUCGAACCCUCACCAGGCUGAGGAGGAAGUCGGAAGAAAGGAACGGGGGGGGAGCGAAGAGGAGUGACGAAGAAGCUGUACCUCCUCCUGAAGGUCACACCCACUUUCAGGUGGAGGUGCAGGAGGGAGAUGAUGUCAUCAGGAGGAAUGGUGAGGAGGAGGAAGAGGAGGAGAGCGAGGUCCUCCUGGUUCUCUCUGAAUCUUCACAGAGCUCAACAGGAAGUGAUGUCGGCAUCAAACCAGAGGAGGCGGAGCCAGAGAGGGAACGGGAAGUGACAUCAACGCCAUCCACAGCAGAUGACCAUGAUGAUGAAGAGACAUCUUUAGACGAGUCCUUCCUCCUGCUGCAGGAGGCCUCAGAGGAUGAAGGAGAUGAUGAUGAUCAGACUGAGGAUGAGGAGGCGUUUGCUGAGGAUUAUCUGCUCCGAGUGUGUGACGCGGUGCAGGUGUGUCCGGGGGUCUCGGAGCAGCUGCUGCAGGUGUUGGACCGGUCCUCGUCCUCGUCCUCGUCCUCGUCCUCGUCCUCGUCCUCGUCCUCCGCCCGGAGUCUGUUCCGCGGUCUGAGCCGCGUCCUGCGUCCGUGGCCUCAGCUGCUCAGAGACUUCGCCGCCUUCCUGAACAGACGACAGGCUCACUGCUGUGGACUGCUAACUGAGCAGCGGUUGUUUGAACGCAGCCGCCGGUUUCUGCGGCGACUGGGGCGGAGCCUGGGAGAAGGCUCCUCCCUCUUCCAGCAGGUGGUGUCAGUGCUGCAGGAAAGCCCCGCCCCCCCAUCUGAGGACGUGGUGAAGAUCUCGUCUCUCCUCAGAAGCCACUCUGACCUGCACAAGGAAUUCUGGGACUUCUUCCAGCAGCUUCACGACUACUCUGAAACGGACUUCAAGACCCAGAAUCCUCCUCUCUGCGCCAGCAGGAAGAGAGUUACACCCCAGGCACCGGAGGGGGCGGAGUCAGAGCGACUGGUCGGCGCCAGAAACAUCUCGAUGACUUCGACAGGAGAAAAAGUGGUCGUUUGGACCCGCGAGGCGGACCGCGCCAUCCUGACGGCCUGUCAGCAGAGAGGAGCCAAUCGGAAAACCUUCAGGCAGGUCUCCGCCCAGCUGGGAAACAAGACCGCCCAACAGGUGAGCCUUCGUUUCUCAGACCUGAUGAAGCUGUUCCACAAGUCCACUUCCUGUUUCUCAGAGGGACGGCCAAUCGGCAGACGGGAAGCAGCCCUGGACUGAAGGCAGGACCAAUCGCAGAGAGGUGGUUCAGGUGGUCCUGCUAGAACAUGCUCAGUUCCUUUCAGGAAGAUCCACUGUUGUCGGUUUCUACAGGAGACCCGUCCUUUAUUUAUAGGUCACCAUUAUUUAUUGUGAGUCAGGGGUGUGGCCUCAGUGAGUCAGGGGGCAGGGUCACAUAGGAAGGGGGUGUGGCCUCAGGGAUCCAGGUUGACAAUCCCAUGAUUCCUAGCGGCCUUAGAGAACGUAAUGAAGGAUGUGGCACCGUUCUGUGAAGGUUUUAGAUAUAUUAAUUCAUAUUGAAUGUAUGUGAACGAGUCAACUGCUUCAUUAAAACAUUGUUACAUGUUU